AUGACUUUUGCAAAAAGUCAGUGUGUCAGCCGCCCAGAUUCGCCGCCGACGUGCAGCCGCCCAGAGUCGCUGCCGACGUGCAGCCGCCCAGAGUCGCUGCCGACGUGCAGCCGCCCAGAGUCGCCGCCGACGUGGGGCUCCCCUGACUCCCAGCUGGCUAGCAGCUCCGCAGAAUCCCAGCUAGCCAGCAGCCCCCCUGUCUCCAGGUUAGCUAGCAGCCUCUCAGAGCCCCAGUUAGCUAGCAACCUCCCUGAUUCCCCGCCAGCUAGGAACCUCCCUGACUCCCCGUUAGCUAGCGGCCCCCCUGACUCCAGGCUAGCUAGCAGCCCCCUAGAGUCUCAGCUGUGUAGCAGCCCCCUAGAGUCCCGGCCGUGUAGCGGCCCCCCGGAGUUCCUUGAGUCACGGCCGUGUGGCGGCUCCCCAGAGUUCCCAGACUCCCGGCAUGCUAGCGGCCUUCCCCCAGAGUCCAGGCUAGCUAGCAUCUCCCCUGAGUCCAGGCUAGCUAGCAUCUCCCCUGAGUCCAGGCUGGCUAGCAUCUCCCCUGAGUUCAGGCUAGCUAGCAAGUUCCCCGAGCUCCGGCUAGCCAGCAUCCUCCCUGACACUAGGCUAGCUAGCAGCUCCCCCGAGUCCCAGCUAGCUAGCAUCUCCCCUGAGUUCAGGCUAGCUAGCAAGUUCCCCGAGCUCCGGCUAGCCAGCAUCCUCCCUGACACUAGGCUAGCUAGCAGCUCCCCCGAGUCCCAGCUAGCUAGCAUCUCCCCUGAGUUCAGGCUAGCUAGCAAGUUCCCCGAGCUCCGGCUAGCCAGCAUCCUCCCUGACACUAGGCUAGCUAACAGCUCCCCCGAGUCCCAGCUAGCUAGCAUCUCCCCCGAGUCCCACCUAGCUAGCAUCUCCCCCGAGUCCCAACUAGCUAGCAGUUUCCCCGAGUCCCGGCUAGCCGGCAGUUUCCCCGAGUCCCAGCUAGCCGGCAGUUUCCCCGAGUCCCGGCUAGCCGGCAGUUUCCCCAACUCCCAGCUAGCCGGCAGUUUCCUCGACUUUCCUGUCUGA